CGGGACACCUGCGCACACAGCCUCCAGGGUCAUCUUUCUCCUGGACAUUGGAGCUAUGACCCUUUGGAGGUGACCCAGGAGAUAAGGGAUGCAGGCCUCUGGCCCUUCCAACGAGGGCCCCCUGCGAGGCCUGGUGGCUUCCCGAAUUGAGACCUAUGGAGGCAGGCAUCGGGCCUCUGCCCAGAGCACUGCUGACAGACUCUGUGCUGGAGGAGGCCCUGUGCUGGAUCUCAAUCGCGGACACUACAUCCCCUUUACCAAGGGUUCUAGCCAGGCCAGAGGUCUGGCUCCCACAGUGUUUCGAGAAGAGCCACAGAAGAAGCAUGGAGUCUAUUAUAUGGUUGGCCCACCUCUUUCCCCCAGACUCAAGGAAGUCACAAAGGCCCACCAGCUGGAGAUGAGGUUGCACACAUUCAGCAUGUUUGGGAUGCCCCGCCUGCCCCCUCAGGACCGGAGUCACUGGGAAAUAGGAGAGGGUGGUGACAGUGGUCUGACCAUCGAGAAGUCCUGGAGGGAGCUGGUGCCUGGACACAAGGAGAUGAGCCGAGAGCUUUGCCACCAGCAGGAAGCACUGUGGGAGCUCCUGACCACAGAGGUGAUCUACGUGAGAAAGCUGAAGAUCAUGACUGAUCUCCUGGCAGCUGGUCUGCUGAACCUGCAGAGAGUAGGACUACUGAUGGAAGUGUCAGUUGAGACUCUUUUUGGAAAUGUCCCCAGCCUGAUUCGAGUCCACCAGAGUUUUUGGGAGGAGGUGCUGGAGCCGUCCCUGGAGGAGACUCGCGCCUCUGGCCAGCCUCUGAACCCCAUCAGCCUGCAAAGCGGCUUCCUAACGUUUGGCCAGCGAUUCCAGCCCUAUGUCCAGUACUGCAUGCAAGUGAAGAAGACCAUGGCUUACGCCCGGGAGCAGCAAGACACCAACCCUCUCUUCCACACCUUUGUGCAGUGGUGCGAGAAGCACAAGCGCGCGGGCAGACAGAUGCUGGGCGACCUGCUGAUCAAACCCCACCAGCGCAUCACCAAGUACCCACUGCUGCUCCAGGCUGUGCUCAAGAGGAGCCCAGAGUCCAGAGCCCAAGAAGCCCUGAACGCCAUGAUUGCAACUGUGGAGUCCUUCCUGCGACACAUCAAUGGGCAGGUCCGCCAGGGCGAAGAGCAGGAGAACUUGGUGGCUGCAGCUCAACGCAUUGGGGCCUAUGAGGUGCUGGAGCCAUCCAGCGAGGAGGUGGAGAAGAACCUUCGUCCUUUCUCCACUCUGGACCUGAUAUCUCCUAUCCCAGGGGUUGCCCCUGAGCACACCAGGCAGCUGUUGCUGGAAGGGCCUGUUCGAAUAAAGGAGGGGCGAGAAGGGAAGCUGGAUGUGUACCUGUUCCUCUUCUCUGAUGUGCUCCUGGUGACCAAGCCCCAACGCAAGGUGGACAAAGCCAAAGUCAUCCGUCCCCCUCUCAUGCUGGAGAAGCUUGUGUGCAGGCCACUGCGAGACCCCAACUGCUUCCUGGUGAUCCACCUCACUGAAUUUCAGUGUGUCUCUAGUGCCCUGGUGGUGCAUUGUUCCAGUUCAACAGAUCGUGCACGGUGGCUGGAGAAGACCCAGCAGGCUCAGGCCACCCUGCAGAAACUGAAGGCAGAGGAGUACGUUCAACAGAAGAGGGAGCUCCUGGCUCUCUAUCGGGACCAGGGCAGGGAGUCCCCCAGCACCAGGCCCUCCACGCCUUCCCAGGAAGGCUCCCAGAGCAGCGCUGAGGGGAGGACUCCUGAGUUCACCACCAUCAUCCCCCACCUGGUGGUGACUGAAGACAUGGAUGAAGAUGCUCCCUCUGUACCAGACGAUACUUCAGACUCCGGUUAUGGCACUUUGAUCCCAAGCUCCCCUAAGGAGUCCUACUCCCCAUUGAGUCGUAUACGUCACAGGGCUCUUCGGAGGGACCCUCGCCUCACCUUCUCCACCCUGGAACUCCGAGAUGUUCCUUUGCGCCCCCAACCCCCUGACCCCCAAGCUCCCCAGCGCCGCAGUGCCCCUGAUCUGCCAGAAGAGAUCAGAAGAGGAGGAAGCCUUCCCAGGGUAGACCCACCCAACUGGUCUGAGGAGGAAGAGGGGACCUCAGCACCGGGGAAUGUGAUGGUAGAAACUUUGCAUAGGGCCCGACUCAGGGGGCAGCUCCCCAACUCCCCAGCCCACACUGACUCUGCUGAGGACAGCCCCUGGGAGUCGUUAGAGGAAGAUGAGGAACCUCAGCCCCUUGGCCUCCACCAUGAUUCCACCCCACAUCGUCCCCUCCGGGCUGAGGACAUGCUCAGGGAGAUCCGAGAGGAUCUGGCCAGCCAAAGGAUUGAUGGAGCACAAGAUCCGAGGGAUACCAGGCCUCGGAAGCUGACUCGGACCCAGCUGCAGAGGAUGCGGGAGCCCCAUGUUAUACACCUGGACACACCCCUGUCCACCUCAGAGGUGUGAGGAAUGUUGAGACCUUGGCAUUUCUCCCAGAGGAAAUGUCUCCUUAGUGCUGGUCACACCCCCACCCCUGGACUCUACCUCAAGGACUAUACUUC